CCCGGCGCUGCGGGUGCCGCCUGCGGGGCUCGAUGCCAGUCGGCCACGUCCCGGGCAGGUUUUUGAGUCCCCCGACCCGGAUCGCGACUGUCUUUCCCCCUCCCUGCCCCAUCGCUGCUCCAGCCCCAGGAUGCAGAAUGUGAUCAACACGGUGAAGGGAAAGGCUCUGGAAGUGGCCGAGUACCUGACCCCGGUCCUCAAGGAAUCAAAAUUUAAGGAGACAGGUGUACUCACCCCAGAAGAGUUUGUGGCAGCUGGAGAUCACUUAGUCCACCACUGUCCGACAUGGCAAUGGGCUACAGGGGAAGAAUUGAAAGUGAAGGCAUAUCUACCAACAGGGAAACAAUUUUUGGUAACCAAAAAUGUUCCAUGCUACAAACGAUGUAAACAGAUGGAAUAUUCAGAUGAGUUGGAAGCUAUCAUUGAAGAAGAUGAUGGUGAUGGGGGAUGGGUAGAUACAUACCACAACACAGGCAUUACAGGAAUUACUGAAACAGUUAAGGAGAUUACACUGGAAAGCAAGGACAGUAUAAAACUUCAAGAUUGCUCAGCACUGUGUGAUGAGGAAGAAGAGGAAGAUGAAGGGGAAGCUGCAGACAUGGAAGAAUAUGAAGAGAGUGGAUUGUUGGAAACAGAUGAGGCUACCCUAGACACGAGGAAAAUAGUGGAAGCUUGUAAAACUAAAGCUGAUGCUGGAGGUGAAGAUGCUAUUUUGCAAACAAGAACUUAUGAUCUGUACAUCACUUAUGACAAAUAUUACCAGACACCACGGCUAUGGUUGUUUGGCUAUGAUGAGCAACGGCAGCCUUUAACAGUUGAGCACAUGUAUGAAGACAUCAGUCAAGAUCAUGUGAAGAAAACAGUGACCAUUGAAAACCAUCCUCAUCUCCCACCACCUCCUAUGUGUUCAGUUCACCCAUGCAGGCAUGCUGAAGUGAUGAAGAAAAUUAUUGAGACAGUUGCAGAAGGUGGGGGAGAGCUUGGCGUUCAUAUGUAUCCUUACCUGUAUAUGUGAUUGGUGGCAAGUGGCUCUCCUCAUUCAUGAAAGUCCUAGUGAAAGUCUAAUUUAUCUGGGUUGUGUCAUACUAUGAAAAGUAGGCCAUGCUCAAUAGCUAGACACUGUAUCUAUAUGCCCGUUAGCUCUGCCUUGUUAAAGACAUAAUGUUUAGCAUGAAUGUGUGUUUCUGUCAGGUAGUUAAGGUUAACACACAACUGUGAUCUCAUCAGGUGAUGGUAAGGUUAAGGUUGUGUCAACCUGAGGCCUCCCUGAAGUAAAGAAUUCACAUUAAACAGGCUAGUUAAAAGUAAAAUACAACAUUAAAAAUUUUCUCCUAUGGAAAAGCAUCUUAUUCUAGCUUUCCUACGCAGUUCUCUGGGGUGGAUAGGAGGAGUAAAUUAAUAUUAAUGUCUAAACAACUCAUAUCCUGAGAUGUGUGUGUCCAUAUAGGGGUCAUUAGAGUACUCAUAAUCAGUCAUCAACAUGCCAGGUAGCCUGAAUUGAUUUGAACAUAGAUUUGUAUUGAAUUUUAUGAUUUUUCCAUUCAGUGAGAGACAAAGGUUGUUCAUGCAUUAAAGGUGUGGUAACCUCUGUAUUAUUACCGUGUUCUGUAGGAGAACUUUGGGUUGAUUUGAUACUGCAACUAAUACCAGGAGCUUUCAGUCCAACAAGAUUUAUUUCUGGAAUCUUGCUGUACAUUAUCUUUCACAUUUAUCUCUAUGUUGAAGGCUAGGUGGCAGCUUAGAAUACUACAGGUGAUCCAUGAUAGAGUAAUUUUGUUUCCUAUUGAAAGUUAGUAAACUCAUAAUGUUUCUAAGUCCAACAGAAGAAAAUCACUUCAACAUUUUUUUAAAUGAAAAUAAUACAAUAUAGCUCAUUCUGUGGUUGUUGAUUGUGUGUCCUACAUAGUCCCUUAUGAAGUAUUUGUCUUUGGUUUGUUUUUCAUUUGCUGCAGUGUUUGUAUACUUGUUUCAUUUUAAGUUUGUAUAAAUUCUAGAAAAUUUGCAAGCAGUAAAGGUGCAAAGUAAGUGAAUGAGUUUUAAUAUACAUGAGUUUUAAACCAGACAAAAUUGUCCUUAUAAAUACUGAAGUAAUUCGACAUGUAUGAACUUCUUGUUAAGAAAUUUUAAACUCAGAUGUUGGAGUAGGUGGCUAAGCAGUCAGUUGUAGAAAACCUGUGUUAAGUAGAUACAAAUUUUCAUGACUUUAAUAGAUGCAAUAUAAGAUUUUAAUCAUACAUUUUUCUCACAAAUUAAUAAAAGAGAUAGAUAAUUACUAUGGAUUUAGAACAAUACUAUCUACAAAUCUUAUUUUCCUUAGCUAAAGAUCUUCAGGUAUCUUCUAAUUUUUUUGAAAUUUGUACAAGCUGUCAUUCCAACAAUAGAAUAUGACUACACAAGACA